UAUUUCUCAAAUACCGCUGACCUUUUGACUUUGUAAAAUGUUUAUUCGAUAUACUCGAGUUAAAUUCAAGGAUUUGUGCACAUUUAUCAGUUUGUUUCGAUGAUGUAGCAGUUUAAUUGAACUAAAUUAAUCGUGCAAAAGAUGUCCAACUGUAUUGAAGAGAGUGUUCCAUACAGAAAAAUGGGGCAAAACAGUAUUGUUCAGCCCCUUUUAACUGAUUUAUAUCAAAUUACGAUGGCCUACGCACACUGGAAGUCUGGAAAGAUUGAAACUCGUGCUGUGUUUGACUUAUUUUUUCGAAAAAGUCCUUUUCAAGGUGAAUUUACAAUUUUUGCUGGUUUAGAAGAAUGUUUGAAGUUCAUAGAGAAGUUCAACUACUCUGCAAGUGACAUCGACUAUAUUAAGCAGAUCUUACCGAAUUCCAUUGAAGAACAAUUUUAUGAUUAUUUGAAAACACUAACAGCUAAGGAUAUUACAGUGUAUGCAAUCAAAGAAGGUACAGUGGUAUUUCCGAGGGUUCCUCUAAUUAGAAUAGAGGGACCUUUAAUUGUGGCACAAUUGCUGGAGACAACAUUGCUCACCCUAGUAAAUUACGCCAGUUUGAUGGCGACAAAUGCAGCUAGAUACAGAAUGGCUGCAGGCAGUUUAAAACUAUUUGAAUUUGGUUUACGAAGGGCACAGGGACCAGAUGGUGGAUUGUCAGCAUCUAAAUAUGCUUAUAUAGGAGGAUUUGAUGGUACGAGCAAUGUUUUAGCUGGAAAAUUAUUUAACAUUCCAGUUAAGGGCACUCAUGCACAUGCUUACAUUACUUCUUUUAGUAAUGUUAACGAAUUAACAGUACAACAUUUGACACCUAAAAAUGGAGGAAGUCCGCAAAACUUUUUACAUUUGGCAUUAUUGUGGAGGGAGAAAAUUUACCAAAUAUUUAAUGUUGUUUUGUCUGAAGUAAAUGAUGGUGAAAUAACAGCAUUUGUGUCUUUUGCAAUUGCUUUUCCUGAUGGCUUUAUGGCUUUAAUUGAUACAUAUGAUGUAAAAAAGAGUGGUCUAGUCAACUUCUGUGCCGUUGCUUUGGCAUUAAAUGAUUUGGGUUAUCGAGCAUUAGGAGUCAGAUUGGAUAGUGGUGAUUUGGCAUAUUUGUCAAAUAUUGCAAGGGAGUACUUUAUAAAAAUUGGAAAUACAUUUAAUAUUGAGUAUUUUGGUAAACUAAUGAUAAUGGCUUCAAAUGAUAUAAAUGAAGAGACUAUCCUAAGUUUAAAUGAUCAGGGACAUAGCAUCGACUCAUUUGGAAUAGGAACACACUUGGUAACUUGUCAGAAACAACCAGCUUUGGGAUGUGUAUAUAAAAUGGUCGAAAUUAAUGAUGAGCCAAGAAUUAAAUUGAGUCAUGAUGUGGAAAAAGUAACUAUACCAGGAAAAAAAGAUGCCUACAGGUUAUUCAGUGAAACAGGAUAUGCAUUGAUUGACCUCUUACAAAGAUCAGUUGAGGAAGCACCUGGUGAAAAUCAAAAAGUAUUGUGUCGUCAUCCUUUUCAAGAAUCCAAGAGGGCGUUUGUUAUUCCUAACAGAGUCGAAAAUUUAUUGAACUUGUAUUGGAAAAAUGGAAAACUAGUAAAUGAUUUGCCUAAUUUACAAGAAAUCAGGGACAAUGUCAAACAUUCUUUAAAAAUUUUAAGACCUGAUAUAAAACGAACUUUAAAUCCCACUCCUUACAAAGUAUCAGUUAGUGACAAUUUAUACAACUUCUUACACAAUUUAUGGCUUGAAAAUGCUCCCAUUGGAGAAUUGACAUAGGCAGGAUAAAACAUUUUAUACAAUCUAAUAUUUGUAGUACUUAUCUUAUACCUUCACCGUAUUUUAUUAUAUAUAUAUAUAUAUAUAUAUAUUUUAUUACAUAGUAUUAAAGCAUUGCAUAUGUCUAUUUAACAUGUUUUCAAUAAUUUUAUAAAUGUAUAAUUUUUAUGUGUAUGCAUUAUUUUAUACAUAUUAAAUCUUUUAAGCAA